UUUCUGACAUGUUCGAGCAAAGGGAAAUGUUGAGACCGAACGGUCUAAUUAUUAUACGCCUAUGGUCCGAACACAUUACGGGAAUAGGAUUCACUUCGUGUUGCAAAUGCUUCGAAGCACCGUACAGACCAAUCAUAUUCUUGAAAACGUUUGCAACUUCAAGUAGAUCGACCCUACGUAUCGUUCUCGAACAUACCGAUUUGCACGUGUAUUACGGCUUGGUUGUAAUCUUCGUUACACUCGUAUAUUGCCGAAUUACAUCAUCUAACAACUAUUGCUUACUAAUUAUUGGAUUCGAGACAGUAAUUCAGGAAUAAUGCAUUGGAAGAAACGUCUUUUUUACAUUGCUGCUGGGACGACUACCGUCUGCGUGGCAUUCCUGACAAAAAGUUACAUGGGAGGUCCAAAAUACGAGGGAGAGAAAAAGUUGGAUGGCAAAACUGUCAUUGUGACUGGAGCUAAUACUGGUAUUGGAUAUUACACAGUUAAAGAAAUGGCCAGGUGUAAGGCUAAAGUUGUCAUGGCAUGCAGGGAUAUGAAGAAAUGUGAAGAGGCACGUCGAAAUAUCGUAAUUCACACAAGAAACAAGUAUAUUUAUUGUAGAAGAUGUGACUUAGCAUCUCAAGAAAGUAUUAGGAAAUUUGCUGAACGAUUUCAAAGAGAAUUUGAUCAACUUCAUAUACUUAUUAACAAUGCUGGUAUAAUGAGAUGCCCCAAAAGUUAUACCAAGGAAGGUAUUGAGAUGCAACUUGGAGUGAAUCAUAUCGGACACUUUUUGCUCACGAAUUUACUCCUAGAUGUCCUGAAAAAGUCUGCACCAUCUAGAAUUGUAAAUUUGUCAAGCGCUGCUCAUCAGGCAGGUGAGAUAAACAUGAAGGAUUUAAAUAGUGACAUUGUAUAUGAUCCUGGCAGGGCUUACUCGCAGAGUAAAUUGGCCAUUGUGCUUUUUACUAAGGAGUUAGCAGACAGAUUGAAAGGAACCGGUGUUAGCGUAUAUGCUGUCCAUCCUGGUGUAGUCGAUACGGAAAUAAUUCAACAUAUGCCUUCACUGACCAACAUUUUCACAAAAAUAUUUCUGAAACCCUUCGCUUGGCCGUUUAUCAAAUCGCCUGACCAAGGGGCACAAACCGUUUUAUAUACAGCAUUGGAACCUAGCAUUGCGGAUUCUUCUGGCAGUUACAUCGAUAGCGACUUCUCAAUCGCAGAAGUGGCGGAGAGUGGCAAGAAUAAAGAUCUGGCGAAAUGGUUGUGGAAAGUCAGUGAGUCAUGGACGAAGCUAAAUAUUACAUAAUUACGUGCGUAUAGUAAAGACAUACACAUCUGUUAAAUUGUAGUUCCAUUUUAAAUAUAUACAUAUAUAUACAUAUAUAAAAUUU